UUCUAGGACAUACUGUACAGCAGCGACGGGUCAACGCUUUUUUCAACCGCCACCGCCAAGACACCGACGCUCACCCACCGCGCCACCACCGAAUCCUACCGCGCCGCAUAGUAUAUGACGGGUCAGGAAGGGAAGGGAAGUCGCGCAAACCGAGUACCGAACGCCGGCGGCCCCUCUAUCGUUUUCCAGCCGUCCGACUCGUGGCUUGCCAGUUCUCUUCCGAUCACUGCAGUUAUAAGCAUUCCACCACAGCGGAAGAGCCACGACACCUUCUCCUGCAACCACACACACAGCGACCGCGGUACGAGACAGUACGACAGUACGAGCACAGUUCCAACGCCGCAGCCGUCUCAAGAAUACCUGUACUAUAAAGAUGGCAAAAAAACCACCAAAGGAGAACAUAAUUCCACCCAUCGCACCAAGAGAAAGGCCAUAUUGUCCUCGCACGAUGGUUCGAUACGAUAAAUCAUUGGAACCCUACCCUACAAAGUGGGUGUGUAGGAUGUGUCUAAAAAUGCUUUUGAGUAAAGAAGCUGUUAAGAAUCAUCUGAUCAAUUGUAACGCACGAUCAAGCCAAAACCAAGCUAACCAAGCUCCACCUAGUAAUAAAGAUACUCCUUACAUAUGCAAGUAUUGCGACAAGGUAUUUUCAAGGAGACUUCCCCUAAAGAGGCAUUUGGAAGUACAUGAAAAAGCCGACUCAACUCAGAACAAUCUGAAAACGAAAGGACAUGAUAAUAACGACUAACCUGAUGAAUAAAAUAAAUUCAAUAACAUUGAUUUAAUUUUAUUUAAUUUUAUUAGUAUUAGUUUUGAUUUUGUGUUAGAUAUUAUUUUAUUUUGACAAUUCUAACACUUAGUUAGAGGACUUGUCAGGGACAUUUAUACAAUAGACCCUAAGAUAUCCAAAUUUUUGUACUACUUGAAUAAUCUUAAAUCGGUAAAAUCUAAUUAAAAAAUAAAUGCUCGAAAAACUAUCACUAAUUAAUAAUUAUACUUCUACCAAUAACGCAUAAUAUAAAUUAAAAAACAAUAAGUACAUAUAAAUAUGUUUUUUUAUUACUGUGAACAAAAUUAAGUUAUUAUAAGUUAAUUUAUAUAUUAAUUUACUCAAAUUUACUCAACAUUAAUAGCUACAUUUUCAGCAAUAUUUUAACUAGAAUUAGUUGAAGUUAUCAAAAAAAAAAAAAUCGUGGUAUCAAUUAAUAAUAUAAAUGUACAAUCGGUUCCUUUAAUGUUGUAAAUAUAUUAUACCAGUGAUAUUUUU